UGAUGCGUCUACAGAACGAGGCGGUCAUUAAUGCGGUCGAGUGAAGGCGGGGCCAGGGGCGCGUGUACUGUUGCCCGCGUGUCGGUGUCGCGGCGCGGCACUCCGCUUUUUUGGUAAUGGGCCCAUCCUGUCGGGCUCCUCUUUUUAGCUGCCCUGCUUUUCCGAGUGCAAUACAAGUAACUGGUGCAAUACAAACAGUGCUGUACUUGCUUCUUUAGCGUGUGGAGCUAUCGGCGCAUAAUUAGCAGCGGCAAGUGAACACCGUUUGUUGAACAACAAAGGCACUGUGCAAAUAUGGCUCCCAAGAAGGAGAAGGAGGAGGACAAGACUGCCGGAGCAGCUCGUUUUGGGCGCGUGCGGAACAGCUUGAAGAUGGGCAUCGUUGGACUGCCGAACGUCGGAAAGAGCUCACUGUUCAAUCUUUUGACUGAGCAGAGCAUCGCGGCGGAGAACUACCCCUUCUGCACGAUCGACCCCAACGAGUCCCGCUGCGCGGUGCCCGAUGAGCGCUACGAAUGGCUGUGCGACCUGUGGAAGCCGCCCAGCAUGUACCCCGCCUACCUGCAGGUCACGGACAUCGCCGGACUGGUGCGCGGCGCCGCUGAGGGCGCGGGCCUGGGCAACGCCUUCCUGAGCCACAUCUCCGCCGUGGACGGCAUCUUCCACGUGGUCCGCGCCUUCGAUAGCGAGGAGGUCAUCCACGUGGACGACAGUGUGGACCCCAUCCGCGACCUGGAGACCAUCCAGAUGGAGCUGUGCAAGAAGGACCUGGAGUUCGUGGAGAAGGCGGAGGAGAAGGAGAUCCGCGACGUCAAGAAGAGCCCCAACAUGAAGAUCAGCCUGGUUUUCACGUCCACUUUUGAGAAAGUCAAGGCGAUGCUCAAGGAGAACAAGCCCGUGCGCUGCGGCGAGUUCAACUCCAAGGAGGUGGAGCUGAUCCGUGAGAAGCUGGACAACCUGAUCACCACCAAGCCAGUGGUGUACCUGGUCAACCUGUCGGCGGCGGACUUCAUGCGCAAGAAGAACAAGUGGCUGGCCAAGAUCCACGCCUGGAUCCAGGAGCACGGCGGCGGCCUGCUGAUCCCCUUCAGUGUGGAGUGGGAGAGCAAGCUGUGGUCGCUGCGGGACGACCCCGACGGCAAGAAGGCCUUCCUGGACGAGAGCAGCGGCGCCGUGUCGUCCCUGCCCAAGAUGGUGGUGCAGGGCUUCAAGGAGCUCAACCUCAUCUACUUCUUCACCGCGGGAGAGACCGAGGUGCGCUGCUGGACCAUCCAGCGCGGCACGCUGGCGCCCCAGGCCGCCGGCGUCAUCCACUCCGACUUCGAGCGCGGCUUCAUCAAGGCAGAGGUGGUGGCGUACGCGGACUUCCGCGCCCUGGCCACCAGCAAGAGCAUGAUGGAGGUCAAGGCCGCCGGCAAGUACCGGCAAGAAGGGAAAAGCUACGUGGUGGAGGACGGCGACAUCAUCCACUUCCAGUUCAACGUCACGGCGUCCGCGAAGAAGUAAUUGCGGCCGCCCGGGACGGCCACUGUUUGGGACCGGGACCUGAACAAGAGACGCCGCCGAGCGCCGCCGCACCCAUGUUGUGCUGUAGCCCUGACGUUAAUCCGUGUCCAUGUGUGUUUGGUCCGAUGGAGCAUUAUUGAUGGCGUGGCGACAGGCAAUAAGCUCGGCGGCUCUUGCCGGGACCUCUAAAACUGGUGUGGUACUUUGACUUCAUGCGAGAAUAAGACGGGCAGAGCAGAGCGGGGUGGGGCCGGGGCGGGGCCGGCGUGCGCGUAGGACAUCCGCGUAUGGGGGCGUAAGGGCGUUGCCUCCUGCAUGGGGCCGCUCCUGCGAGCAUCUCUGAGUUCGGACUGCACGUGUGGCCGUGUCAGUGUGUGGUGAGGUAAAUUUCCGCAAGUCACCUAUAUAUGGUGGGUGCACUGGCGAAGUUGGCACAGCGUAGAAUUGAUGCAUCUCGAGCAUUAUCUGAGGGCCGUAGAUCGUGGGCACUGGGCAGACCGCAAGUACGGCAGGUCCAGGAAGUCGCUUGCUGCUACGGAUUCAGGUUUGCUUUAGCCGACCAAAAGAGGUGGCGGUCAUGAUCGGUCCACGGUCUGGGCCUGUGGGGCACGGUCUGAACGGCGCCGACGGCGUGCAGGAGGAUGGCCAGCACCCGAGUGAAAUGUAGAAGC